AUGUUUCACUCACAGAAAAAAAGAAAUCCCCCACCUAUUAGUUCCGAUGCUUUAGCUGCAGCUUCUGCUGUCGGAAGAGCAUUCAGUAAUUUAAGCACAAGAAAUACCCCUACAUAUUCAAGCAAUCACACAAAUAGCAGAAGCAGCCUUCCAUCAAGACGUUAUUCUACAGUAUCCAUAGCCCACGGACCCCCACCCUUGAAAACGGGAAGGUCGCAGAGGUCGUCGAGGAUAUUUAGUAGUCCUUCUCAUAGUAGAAUGAACAGCACCAUUAGUGUAGACCGUACAAUCAGUUUGCCCUCAAGGAGUAAUAGGCCAAGUUCUAGCAAUGUAAGAGAUGAUUAUAGAAGACAUGCGCAGGAAACAUUCGAUGAUUUCGGUGAUGAAGUGCCUAAUCAACAACAGAUGGUCACUAAAUAUAUUCCUGGUCCUAAUGGUUUGGUUGCUGUGGAAGUACCUGUCCAAUUGAUUGAAAGGCAACGUAAUCAUUCAAUUAUGAGGAAAUCAAGGAAUUCUCAUAUUUGUAGAUCUUCUUCCACUAGAGAGAUGAGGUAUAGCUCAUUAGAUAGCUCUCAAGCUAGCUCUAGGCAUAGCAGAGAGAAGGUAUCUUAUUCGAAGAUGGGUCGCGAUAGACAACAAAGAAAUAGGAGACCGCAAACAUCGCACUAUUCGUUGAUGGAUACGUCCUCUAGGGAAUUAAGUAAGCCAAGAAGCAUUCAACGAAGGACUCCAAGCAGCUCUUCGCGCAGUUCAUCGACUGGAAACAGUUCUGUAAUAAAAAGGAAACUUAAACAAUCUGCCCUCAAUUUAAAGAAAAAAUCAAGUGUAAGUUUCACCGAUCAGCCUAAGACAAUACGAAAUGAGUAUCAAUUUGAUGAUCAAUUUGACGAUCGCUUUGACGAAAGCUUAGAUUGGGACGACAGUUUUUUGGAAGAGGUUGAACUUCCUCCUCUUAUCGAACAGCAGACGUCUAAAAACGUACCUAAUAUUCAAAAUCCCCCAACUAAAAAGAAAAGGGAAAUUACCUCGAAAGAAGAUGAUCAGAAACAUGACCGAAUCAUUGAUAUGUUAGCUUUCCCUGAGACAGAUGAAGAAGUGGAUUUAAGUUGUGAUGAUCAAAAACCAGAGCUUAAAGUAGAAAAUAGCAUACCAACCCUUCAAGCAAUGAAGAUGAAUUCAACUCGCCAUCGCGAACAAGAAAAAAUAACUGAUAUCUUAGCUUUUCCAAACCCCAAUAACUUAACAGGUUGGAGUGUAAAUGGUUCGGAUAUAUCCGAUGAUGAGGAAGAUGAGUUUUAUGAUACAAUGGAAGAAAGUGACUUCGCCGAUUCAAGACAAUUAAAUGCUUUACAUUUACCAAGAAUCUCGGAAACAAAAUCAGCUUUGGGAGAAGAGAGUGAUUUCUCUGACUCAAGGGAGUUAAUAGACAAAUCACAUUCAGAUAACAUUCCACGGACAGAAACUACCGCACAAGAGGAAAAUUAUGGAAGUAUACUGCCUAACUCAGAACAAGACGUUAUAGUAGCUGAUUCUGCCUUGUCGGAGGAUGACCUAAAAAAUAUUGCAAAGGAAGUUACUAACCCAGUGGGAACAAUUUCAGAGCAUUUUGCCCUUGCAGGAAUGGAAUACGAAGAGGAUAAACAUCUUGAACCAAUAAGCAUGGAGAAUAAAGUUAUUGAACCAGUCAAUGGAGGUGAUGCUUCUUCAGCUGUGAUAUAUAACGAAGAUAAGCCUUUUGAACCAAGUUUCGAAGAAGAUAACGAACCAGCGGUUCAAAUAGAAAAUGAGAGAGAUUAUGGUUCCAAGAAUAUUAAUGAGAACGAGCAUCCAAUUGAAACGAUUGGUGAAGAUGGUAGUUUUACCAAAUCAAUACAUGAAGAAAGCAAUUCAAAGGAGAUAUUUUUUGAUAAUGAUAAUGGAUCUGAAGAAAUAAGUGAAGAGAAUUUUUCAGACAAGGUGGUGGAUGGCAAUAAUUAUGAGCCAGUUGAAGCAAGUCAAAGGGAAAAUAAUCGUAUUAAAGGUGUAUCUGUUGAAUCCAAAAAGACCUCCAAUGAAAAUAUUUACGAGAAAAAUAACUCUAUUGGCUUUGCUUAUGAAAAGAAUGUCCCGCCAGCAGUGCCAUCUGACAAUGGAACUGAAAAAAUAGUACCAGUUCCAGAAAGAAAGUAUUCUGAAACAAAGUCUGAAAAUGAUGUAGGGGUCAAAACAAUUUCUGAGAAAGAGAAACAGCAUCAGAUUGAGGUUCAGCGACGCUUAGAGGAUAUGAUAGACCGUGAGGAAUCGUAUCUUCCAGAGGCCAACUUACCAGGAAAAUCUAUUUCUGCUAAUCCAUCAAAAUUAUCAAUAGUCAGUAAGGUUUCCUUAGUUGAGAGUUUAAAUCUUCCUGAAGAAAAUACUAAGAGUAGACUUGAAGAAAUAGAUAAGAAUAGAUUUACACCUAUACCAGAGGCUAUUUCCUCAGAAUCUGAGCCCUCUGAUACUAGGAAGCCGUCCAAUCUUUCUAAAGAAGACAAAAAUAUGAUUCAACCAACACAUAGAAAUGUAAUUGUGAUCAAGCAUAGUACUGUUGAACCCCCAAAUGACAACGAAGUUCACCAUGUGAGAAAAUAUAGUGAGGCACGUGAAAUUUCUAAAGACUUUAUCAACGAAAACUCCAAAUCAAACUCAUCCUUUAUUAUUCCAACAGACAGACCUACAAUGGCCCAAUAUCUUCGUUCUACAAGACCGUUCUUAGCUCCUCCUCAUUUAGUUGUUACUAGUGCUGAAAAUUAUGAGGAUAGUGCAAGUGAUUUUGAUCACAGGAACAGUAUCAUGGAUAACCUUAGAAAGAAUUCAACAUCAUUAUCCUCCGCCUCUACAAAAAUAUCUACUCCGGUAAGACUUCAUCCCAAAAUGUCCAGUCAGGUGAAAAUAUCUUCAGAAGGUUCAUCUAUUUUACCAAUGAGCUCAACUUCGUCCGUUUACUCAGAUUCUGGACUUUCUUCAGUAAUGAAAAAAGAAUCUACUAUUAGAAAGGUCCACACUCAAGAAACUCCGGGAGUUAAUAAGCAAGCUUCGGCAAUUAAAGCGGAAAGUAAUCGUGUGAUAAGAAGACAACCUCGAAAUUCAAAGGUUACAAUUUCUUCUAAUACAAGCAUGAUGACGACACCAUGGUCGAGAUCGGGUAUUAACGAUACUGUAAAGCGUAAAAGCUUUAAUAUGAGAGGGACAAAUAAUAGUGAAAUUGCUUUGAAGAAUUCAGCACUAUAUCCAAAAGAGCCCCCAAUGAAAAAAUCUAGUUUUGAGAAGAAAAGAAAUGAUUCUCAGCAGCACUUAGGUUUCAAGAAAUUAUCCCUUAGAGAUAAUUUGUCUGAUGAACCCGCAGAUAUCAGUAGUCAAUAUCAUGAACAGCAUAAUAAACAGCAGAGGGAGAAUAAUCGAGGAUCAAGAUUCUGUGAAGAUUCAUACAAGACUAUUGAUCGAAAUAAGAUUGAAAAUAAGGAGAUAAGUUUAUUUAGACGUCAUUCAGAUAGAACUGAAACACCGCAGAGAAGAUUUUCCAUCUUUCGAAUGAAGAAUAAUGGAGAUGACGGAAGUUUUGCAACUGCAAGGGAUACUUCAAUUGAUACAAGUAGAAAAAUAUAUAGAAUUGAAAGUGAUGAGGAGGAGGGCGGAAAACAUGGGAAGAAGCAUCUUUUUGGAAAAAAGUUUAAGAAGUUAUUUAAAAUCAAGAGUUAA